GUAAGUUCCGUAAGUACGUACCUGGUACUGGUACCCACAUCUGUUUGGACACAUCAUACAGUAAUAAUCUUUCCGGACACCUCAUAAUUGAAAAUUGUCCCCUCAUUUUAACAACAUCAACCAUGAAACUUGCUCUUGGAUUGUCCCUCGAAGCCGUGAUUCUUGCGUCUUCGGUCGCCUCGGCCUUCGUGGUCUCUCCUGUGCGAAAGCCAAACUUUUCUGCGUCGACGUUGUCCGUGGCCGCGGAGGAGAAUGCUUUGUUCAUCGACGAAACCCGGGCUUCGGUUAGCAACUACUACGGCAAGGAACUUUCGUCGUCGGACGAUUUGAAAACAAAUGCUUGCUGUACGGCAGGAGCACCACCUCAAUACAUCCAAGACUGUAUCAAGAACAUCCACCCUGAAGUCGUCUCUAAAUAUUACGGUUGCGGCCUUUGCCUUCCACAGUACCCUCUGGAGGGGGCGAAUGUCCUCGAUUUGGGCAGCGGAUCCGGACGAGAUGUUUACAUAGCCAGUCAAUUGGUGGGACCGACUGGAAAGGUGCGUGGACUCAAGAAUAAGGGUACAAAACUCAAAUUACGGGCACCAAAUAGCCGAAUCGAUUGUACUGAACGAGAGAAUAGAUCGCUCUGAUAUGCGUGCUGUUUCGUUGUGUUCUUUUUUUAAUGAUAAUGCGUUCGUCGCAGGUUGUCGGAGUGGACAUGACUGAUGAGCAGCUCGAGGUGGCCAAAAAGCACCUCGAUUAUCACGCGGAAAAAUUUGGAUUCGCGAACGUUGAAUUCAAGAAGGGAUAUUUGGAAAACCUGAAGGACCUCAAUCUGGAGCCCGGUUCCUUUGACGUAAUUAUUUCCAACUGCGUGAUCAAUCUUUGCACAGACAAGGAAGCAGUCCUAAAAGAAUGCCUCAACCUUCUGAAACCCGGUGGUGAGCUGUACUUCUCCGAUGUGUAUGCAAACCGUCGUGUACCAAAAACCUUGCAAGAAGACGAGGUGCUUUGGGGAGAAUGUCUUAGUGGCGCUCUGUACUGGUACGUAUUUUAGCUCCGAAAUGAACUGACAGAAAAUUAUCGAAAGGACUACUAUGUUCCUCUUGCCACAGAUGUCCCAUUGCACACUCUGUGUCUCAGAAUACGAGUUCUUCUAUUUUGCAUUUUUCCAGGAACGACUUCGAAAAUAUGGCACGAAAGGUUGGGUUUACAGACCCACGAUUGGUCGAAGAUGCUCCCAUCACUGUGCAGAAUGCCGAGGUAGAGCGAGCAAUAUCAGAAUCAGGAAAUGAUUCUUUGAAAUUCUACUCUGCUACUUACCGGCUGUGGAAUUUGGAUUUGGAACCCCACUGCGAAGACUACGGACAAGCCGUGAUUUACAAGGAAAAAUCCUGCUGCGGGGGCGCUAUCGACCGGUAUCCUUCUGGAUGGCUUCUCGACAAGCACCACUACUUUGAAGCCGGCAAGAUACAUCCGGUAUGUGGCAACACGUACAAGAUGUUGCACGAUACUCGAUUGAAAGAACACUUUGAUUUUAUUGGAACAUGGGACAAUCACUACGGAAUAUUCGAAGGGUGCGGUUCUACAAUUCCCUAUGAUACAGAAGAGGCUGCCUCUGGAAAGGGAGCAUCCACUGGGGGCUGUUGUUGAGAAGGAAUACGUGACAAUAGACAUCAAUAGCGAUGGUGUCUCCAGUAUUCGUUGAACGGAACGCAUCCAAAUAAAUUUGCUCUUACACUAUUGGUAUAGUUGCCUCUUUGGUUCUGCUCACCAUCAUUUGAUAGACACGAUAAAUUGAAGCCCAAAAAUGAACUUUAUGCGUUUUG